GCUCUCCCAAGACCGACACAACUAAGAAGCAUUCAUUCAGGAAUCCCCGAAAAGAGCCGUCUAAUUUCCCACGCGAUGGACCCCAUCUCUUAAACUCCUUUUUCAAUCCCAAGAGAGAUGAGAUGAUAUGAUAUGACAAAGGACGUCAUUGCAUUAGCUACCACGGACGAGCACGCGACAUCAUGUCCGCGAACCACGGUGGAGUCGACGCGACGUCAUCGACGGCAGAUAUCCCUACCGACGUCGCAUCGUCGCUCCCCCCGGCCCCCGAUCACAAACUCCUCACCCCGGCUCCCGCGCGCGACGCUAACGACGGCAAGCCCCUCGUCAUCUGCUUCCACGGCUCCGGCGAGUCGUGCUCCCCGUCCUGGGAUCGGCUCGCGGAGUUGUUGACUAGGGAACCGUUUGGGAUGCGUGUUUUGAUGUAUAAUCGCGGGGACUUGAACCCGAAGCCGCCGCUGGCGACGAGGCAGUUGAGAGGGUACUUGAGGAGGGAGGGCUUGGGGGGCCCGUAUUUGUUGGUGGCGCAUUCGUAUGGCGGGUCUUUUGCUAGGAUGUUUUUGGAGAGGGAGGAGAGGGGGGAGGGUGUGGAUGAUGGAGAUGGGAAUGAGGAUGGGGAUGGGGAUGGGGGAAGUGAUGGCGAUGCGUAUGCGCCGAGACAGGUUGUGGGUGUGGUGCUUGUUGAGACGGGCCAGGAGGGCGGGUUGGAUCCUAAUAUUGAGGAAAGGCAGUAUAAGAGACGUGUCCUAGGACAUAGGCCGUUGAGCGUGAUUAAGGGGAACUCGUUCCUGAGGAUGUGGGAUGAUCUUGAAAGAGCGGAGAAGAGUCUAGCGGAGGGGGAUGAGUUUAGGAGGGGCGAGUUGAUGAAGAGGAGGGUGAUGUUGGGGGUGUGGGAGGAUGCGGAUGAGGAUAUGAAGAGGAAGCAAUUAGAUCUUGCGAGGGAGGGAGCCGCGAAGAGGUUGGUGAAUGUACCGGAUUGUGGACAUAAUGUCCAGAGAGAUCGCCCGGAGAUUGUGGCGAAGGAGAUAGCGUGGGUGGUUGAGAAUAUGAGGUUAGGAGAUGAAGAGACUGAGGAAGAGGAGGAGAUGGAUGGGGGGUUGAGUAUGGUUGAGAGGGCGAAGCAGAAGGGGUGGUUGAGAAUCGGGAGGGAGUUUUGGAAGGUUUAUGAAAUGAUCAUUGGGAGGUUCUUUGAUAAGUCGAAAAAGUAGGUUCACUGCGUAUAAUAUGUAAUGAUAAUGUUAGGCCAAUUCAGUGGUUAGCAUUGAUUCUUGUAGUUCUAUUUUCGAAAUGUGGAAGCUAAACAUGUCUACGAUG